UCACUACUUUGCAACCCUGGUUGACAGACUGCGAAAAAUUCGGGGAGCAUUUUUCAGUCCGCAUUAAUUGGGUUUCAAAAAAAGCGUCAACUAGCUUCUUUUAGUAAGUAGCUUAGAGUGUCCAUCGGCUUGGUGACUCCGGGUAAGCAAAAGUCGAAAUGGAUUACCGCCAACUGAAGAACGACGCCUACGGCAUUGGCCAGCGUCGCGGAACGGGGAGCUCCGGUGGAGGAGGAGGAGGAGCAUAUUCCCAAAACUUUGGUGGUGGCGGCAAUUACGGCAGCGGCGGAAAUCCUGGAGGUGGAGGCUACGGCGCUAAUCGGAAUUCCAGUCCGGAUGGCGGUAACUUCAAUCGCGGUGGUUACAACAACAACAGUGGCAACAACAACUAUUCACGUUCCGGAGACUCCGGCUUUUAUCCAAACAAUCAGCGCUUUGGCGGCAAUUCCGGCGAUGAUUUCCAGGGCAAUUUUCGUGGUCAGUCCUCAAAUUUUGAUCAAUCCAACAGAGGACAAUCCAAUUUUGGCAACUUGGCUCGUUUGCUGGAACUGGAGGCACCUCAGAACUUUGGCAACCGCAAUGCAGACAGUUUCAACACAAACCAACGCAAUUCAGACUUAAAUUAUCGUGGCCAGCAGUCACAGGGAAACAGCGAGGGAUUCUUUAACAAUGAGCCCAGGAAUCAGGGUUCCUUCGGCAAUGGACCAUCUUUUGGCGGCAAUAAUGGACCCGCAUAUGGGGGCAACAAUGGUCCUUCUUAUGGAGGAAACGAUGGACCUUCCUUUGGAGGAAACAGUGGACCUUCCUUUGGAGGAAACAAUGGACCUUCCUUUGGAGGAAAUAAUGGUCCUUCAUUUGGAGGAAACAACGGUUCUUCCUUUGGGGGAAACGAUGGCCGUUCCUUUGCAGAAAACAAUCCACGCAACCAGGGAAACUUCAACAAUGACAACUUCCCUCAAGGAGGAUCAAACUUCGAUGACCGGCGCUCUGGUUUCAAUGAUUCCUACGGACGCGGGGGAAACCAAAGCAAUUUCGGCCAGAAAUCUGGGAACUUCGACAACAAUCGCGAUGUGGGAAACUUUAUCAAUCGCGGACCAGGAGAUCAAGGAUUCAACCAAAAUUCGGGAGGCAAUUACAGUAACAACAAUUCAGGAGGCGGCUUCAGCAAUAAUAUCAGUCGCUCAUUCAACGAGUCUCGCAACAACAGCAGCUGGAACAACUCGGCAUCGCUGUCUUCUUCGUUCCAAAGCUCUGGAUAUCAGUCCUCCGGUGGUGGAGGAGGUGGCGGCGGAGGAGCUGGUGGUGGAGGCUGGGAGGCCAGUCAGCGCGCCUUUAACUCUAAGCGCAAUCAGCUGCAGAAGAUGAACCUGAACAAUGGCGGCUCCGUUCGUAAGCCAGGACCACAGCCCGCUGCGAAGGCAGUCCAGAAUUUGCGCAACAAUCCCCGAGCUGCUGCCGCAAUUGUCAACGCUGCAGGCAGAAACAAUGUCGCAAACACAAGGAACAUUCAGCCAAACAAACCGGGCAACGUGCGUCCGGGAAUCACAGGCGGAGUCCAAAAGAAACUGCCCAUUGCGGCACCCAAUCAGUAUAAGGUGAACAACCUGGCUCCCAAGCCGAAAACUGCCGUGGUGGCCAGCAAGAAACCACCUGUCUCUGGACAAGUUGCAAGAAGUGGACCACCGGCAGUAAAAGCUUUCCCACAGGGGCAGAGAACUGGACCACAAGCAAAUAGAACCGGACCACAGACAGUUAGGCCUGGUCAGCAGCCAGUGCGUGGUCCACAGGUUGGCAAACCAGCCGUAGUGGCCCAAAAGCCACCGAAUGCUCCUGGACUACCUCCACAAGUCGGCCAGAAACGUGUUGCACCCGCUCCACCGGUGGAAACCGAGGCUGCCUCCAAGUCGGUGAAGAAGUGGCGCCGAGUGGCUCGCAAACGCGGAUUUCUCAUGGGCGGAUUCAAGAUCCCGUAUCUCAACGAUCAGCCGAAGAAGCUGCCGCAACCGGAGGCGGACUCGUAUGCUCUAACCUUCUUCGAGCAGAACUUUAACUACAGUACAAACCAGGACGCCACAGAGGAGGACUUCUUGGAGGCGGCCAUAGUGCUCAACGAAGACUCGGAGGAUGAGUCGGUGGCCGACGACGCCAAGACGGCUCGCAAGGUCGCCAAGCGCAACAGGAAGCGUCUGAGGAGCGAAUGGGCACCGCUGCACGAGUCGAAGAAGUACAACGAGUGGGGCAACUGGUGGAAGGACUACAAGAACGUGGGCGAGGAGAUCAACAAGCAGCUGCUGGAGUGCGGCAACCUUAAUCUGGAGCACUGCUUCCUGCCCAAUCUGCCCAAGCUCACCACGGAGCAGGUGGUGUUUGCCAUUAUCAAGUCCGCUCACUUCGGACUCGAGAAGAAUGCGGACGUGCCGUACGACACCCUUAAGACGAUCUUUACGUUGAUGAACCGCACGUUCCUGGAAAACAUUACGGAGGUGAACAUGGUGGAGAUCCAGGAUAUUAUCCGCGGCAUACCCAACGACCUGUGGGUAUACAAGAUGCGCAGCAUGGUCUUCCUGUGGGCCAAGUACAAGAGCGUCGCCAAUUCCAAGUCCACCGCCGAGGAGGACGUCAAGGAUCAGCAGGCCAUUGCCCGCGAGUGGAAGAGUCCCUGCUUCCACUGGUUGGCCAAGCAGGCCUUCGAUGAGCUAGUGGCAAUCAGUGAGACCGAAUGGAAGGACCACCGCACCGUUUUUUCGGCUAAAGAGUAAAACAAAUCGGAUACUCUCCAAAUCACACGUCCUUUCUCUACUAAGCAUCUAAGCCUACCCAAUCCCAUCACCGAGCGAAACGUAGAUUCUUCUUCAGGAUUAUUUUAUGGAUUAUAUGAUUACGUAUCUAGAUUGUACUAAAGACCUUUAUUAUACAUUUUAUGAAGAACCUUCCUGACUAUAAGAAGUAGUCUGUAAUUAGAUCAGAAUGCAUAAACGAAUAAAACACUAUCCCACAAGGGUGUAUCUUGCUCUGUGGGAAAACAAAACACUAAUGAUCAAAAUGGUCAAAAGCAAUUAUAUCAAGUAUCUCCAAAACUAAUGAGUGUAACAUUUGGUAAGAAUUUACCUCGAGAUCAUAAAAUUUUAUAAGACGCUAGAAGAAUCGUAUUUAUAAAAGAGUAGAUUGUAAUUGGUAUGAUAAAUAAAUAAAUAACCGGGCCAAACA